GUUUAUUUCCAAGUUUUGUUACUGGAAAAAAAGAGAUCUAUUUAAAUCUUUAAGGUCAUUGUCAAGGUUGAUGAUAUGUUCACACUAAUAGUAUAGUCGACUCUAGAUUGCGUUUAGUUACUUGAAGCUUGCUACAUUAAGAACUCUGGCAUGUUAAAAUUUGUUUGUAUAUCCCAGCAGGCUGGCACUUUGCUGCCCUGUACUUUCAUUUGCCUGUUGUUUGAUUAUUGAAACUGUUUUCCUAUAACUGGGUUAUGUUGAUGAGAUUGAGUUUUGAGUAGUCAUUUUGCUUCAAAUGGUCUAAAACUUGGAUUUGUUAAGAAAGCUGUUUCCAUAAAAAUGCUACGGAGCCAUUAAGAUGACAAGUUCUCCCUUAAGUUUUAUCUGCUUGAAUUACAAUAUUCGCUUUUUGUGGUUAAUUUAUCCUUAAAAUUAUUGGUUGUUACCUUGUGGUCACCAUAGUUUGUCAUUGUCCUCUGGGUUUUCCCACGUUCUUUCCUUCUGAAAAGUUGAAGAACAAAGCAAAUUCUGAAUUGCUGUGGGUGUGACUGCAUGAUGUUUUCUUAAGUUGGGGUCUACUGCUAGUAAAGUUUUGAUGGAUGCAAUUGCAUUAAGACUAGGGCUGCAUGGGUCUUCAUUUGCUUAUUUUGUCUAUGACUAUUCUAGUUUGCAGUUACCAAUUUUAAUAGGUUAAUUGACCUGGUAACACAAAUAAGGAACCUUUGCAAAUAAUUUGUUUUUGUUUGGAGUCUAGUGAAGGACUUUGGAAUAAUCAUUUCAGUGACAGAUGAUAUCAAUGAUUUUUCUACUUUCAUAUCCUUUCAGUUCUCAAAGAGGGAUUGUGGGGAUAUGGUAUGAACCUUUAAUUGAAUGGAAAGAUAGCUGGUGGUGUAAAAUUAAGCCAUGGCAUAUAUGAAAUUAAACAAAAAUAGAAGAUUGAGAAGAAGAGAAGCGACACAUAAAUGUGUGGCUUGGCAAAAUGCCUAUGUCCAUGGAGCCUGCUGUAUCUUUCAAGGGGGAUAUAAAGUAUGCAGUGCACAGCCAAUUGUUACAAGUUUAGCUCCAGCUAAGGCUUAAAAAGCAAAAGCUUUUGGGAUCGAAUGGUGCUCAAAAAAUGGUUUGGAAGUCUUCUUUUACUCCUAGUUGUCAUGUUCAGCAACGCAGUAGGUGCAUAUCUAGGAAUAAACAUUGGAACUGAUGUCUCCAACAUGCCAUCAGCUUCAGAUGUGGUUGCAAUCCUUAAAGCCAAUCAAAUUACUCAUGUGCGCCUCUAUGAUGCUGAUGCUCACAUGUUGAAAGCCCUUGCAAACAGUGGGAUUGAAGUUAUGGUUGGUAUUACAAAUGGGGAAGUCCUAGGGAUUGGGGAAUCUCCAGCAGCAGCUGCAGCAUGGAUUAACAAAAAUGUUGCUUCUUACGUGCCUUCGACCAACAUUACAGCAAUUGCAGUUGGCAAUGAGGUUCUCACCUCGAUCCCUAAUGCUGCUGCUGUUCUGGUUCCUGCCAUGAAUUACCUUCAUAAAGCCCUCGUAUCUUCAAAUUUAAAUUUUCAGGUCAAAGUUUCAACUCCUCAAUCCAUGGAUGUUAUCCCUAAGCCUUUCCCACCAUCAACUGCCACUUUUAGCUCUACUUGGAAUUCUACAAUUUACCAGCUCCUUCAAUUUUUGAAGAACACCAACUCGUAUUACAUGUUGAAUGCCUAUCCUUAUCAUGGAUAUACUACUGGAAAUGGGAUUUUCCCCAUUGAUUAUGCUCUUUUCCGACCACUUCCCUCUGUCAAGCAGAUUGUUGACCCCAACACUCUUUCUCACUAUAACAGCAUGUUUGAUGCAAUGGUGGAUGCAACCUAUUAUGCUAUAGACACUUUCAAUAUUUCUGGGAUUCCCAUUAUUGUUACUGAGACUGGCUGGCCUUGGCUUGGUGGAGCCAAUGAGCCUGAUGCCACUGUUGAAAAUGCUGAGACCUUCAAUAAUAAUUUGAUCCGUCGAGUUCUAAAUGAUUCAGGCCCACCUAGUCAGCCAACCAUACCCAUUAAUACGUACAUCUAUGAGUUGUUCAAUGAAGACAAGAAGGCAGGGCCCUUAUCAAAGAGAAACUGGGGCGUAUUUUUCACCAAUGGCACUGCAGUUUAUACUCUUGGUUUGAGUACUUCCAAUCGAAUUACUGGAAAUUCUUCGGUAACCUUCUGUGCUGCUAAACAAAAUGCUGAUUCUGCAAAGUUGCAAGAAGGGCUGAACUGGGCUUGUGGGCAAGGUGGGGCUAACUGCACUCCUAUCCAACAAGGACACCCUUGUUAUCUUCCUAAUACUUACCAGAACCAUGCAUCAUAUGCUUAUAAUGAUUAUUAUCAAAAAAUGCAUAGCACUGGAGGAACAUGCGACUUUGAUGGUACUGCCACAACAACUACAGUAGAUCCCAGUUAUGGAUCCUGCAUAUUUACAGGAAGUUCAAAUUCAAGCACGAGUGGGGGAAUUUUUCCACCAGUGGCGUUUGGACCCAUAAGUCCUCAAGGAGGGAGUUCAAGUUUGAGCUUCGAAACCUCUAAAGCUCAGUCUCUGUUAUCUUCAGCUUUUCUCGCUCUAAUCUUGCUCUGACUUCCAAGAUGCAUUCAUUUUUGCAGAAGAUUGAUAGCUGCGUUAGAGAUGGUUAAAAUGUUAAUUAAACUAUCUCCAUUGAGGAAUACGAAAAUGUUCAAAUAUUUGUCCUACUUUCUCAUUAGUUUUGUCUUUGAUUCAGCUUUUCUCUGUUCAUUUUUUUUAAUCUCACCUCAGUUUUUUGUGUGAUAAGUUGUGCUCUUGGGGUUCAUUGGUGUGUAAUUUCAAAGUAACAAGACCAUUAUUUUAUAGGAGUGAAACGUUCAAACCUCAAA